AUGCUGAAGUUUACCGUCGUGUUCUGCGCACUGGCCGCUAGUUUGGCCGUCGGACAGGAAGUUCCACGCUAUAUCAAGCAAUGUCGCCGCUCGGACCCGGCCCUGCCCGACUGCCUGAAGGAAGCCCUCCAGCAUCUUCGCCCUUAUCUUUCCAGCGGUAUCCCCGAGAUUAAGCUGCCCUCGGUCGAGCCGUUCGUGAUGGAUCAGCUGUCGCUGCAACUGACCGGCGGACCUCAAGGAUAUCGCAUCAACCUGAAGAACAUGGAAGUGUUCGGUGCGAGCAAUUUCACCGUUCGUUCGAUCAAACUCGCCGAUGGAAACAAACCGUUCGAGGCGCGCUUGACCAUCCCUCGGCUGACGAUCCACGCGAAGUACACGAGCAGCGGCGUGCUGAUCAUCAUUCCGGCGAGCGGCUCCGGUGACUUCGAUGCCGUGUUCGAUGGAGUGACCGCCGACGUCAAGGGUCUGGUGUCGACGAACGAAAAGCCGACCGGCAUGCAUCUGCGCGUCGAGAAGCUCGACCUCAACCUGUCGAUCAAGAAGCCGCGCCUGAGCGUCUCGAAGAUCUUCAACAACAACCGCAUCCUUACGGAAGCCACGAACCUCUUCCUGAAGGAGAACGGACACGAAGUCCUGCGGGCGCUGCAACCCCAGCUGCAGAAGAAGCUUUCGACCGAGUUCGCCGGCAUCGCCAACCAGCUGCUGGACAACGUCCCGAUCCACUUCUUCGUCGUGGACUAAACGGGCCGCGGAGGGUCGGGAAACAGUCGGGUUUGUUUCUUCGGGACGCGGGCAUCAUGUGAUACUGUUGUUUUAGUUUGUAAUAAGCUCAGACGUGGGCCUUUGACUCACCCCCUUAUAAUAACCGCUUUCUUCUUGCUGCUACCGAGCGGGAGAUUUGAGACGCCUUUAAAGAGAAAGACAAUUUGCAAAAACCUUUAUUAAGCACGCAUGAAUAUGGUUUCAAUCAGUAUCGUAUCGGUUCUAGUGCGGGUCGAUUCCUUAUGCAAAAUAAAAUUCUCUACAGUACAAAUAGACCCAACCGGCAGCCGUCUUAAAUAGUAGGCACUG